AUGGGUCGAACUGAACCUUCUAUCGGCCGACCUCCAGCGGCCUUUCGCAAGGAUGCACGCGCCAAGAAGGCCAAAGCCACGCUCAAUCAAACGAUUCCCCAGCUCCUGUCGGCACAUCCCCGAGCCCGACGAGGCAUCGAGGCGGCGGAGUUGAUCGUCGACCCGUCUCCCGGGGACCGCAAAGCCGAGAUCAAAAAGUCAAACGGCCAAGACGGAUCUGAUCCACCGGGGCCCCGGCUUUGUCUCCAAGUGGCCGACACACUCACGGCUGCCCGUUCUCUCCUGGCGCGUGAUACACCUUCAGGAGUUACCCUUGAUCUUGGCAAUAAGAAUGCCAGAGUUGCUAUUUUGAACAUGGCCUCACCUUUAUCCCCUGGUGGCGGAUUCUUGAAUGGUGCUGGUAGUCAGGAGGAAUAUCUCUGCAUGCGGACUACGUUGCUGCCUUCAUUAAAGGACGAAUACUACCGACUCCCAGAAGUUGGUGCAAUUUUCACACCUGAUGUGCUGGUUUUCCGCGACGAAGAAGCAGAGGAUGUGCUUGAGAAAAACGAUCGUUUCUUUGUCAACUGCAUCACAUCCGCCAUGCUUCGAGGCCCAGAAAUAGACGUCAACGAGCUGGGGAGAGGGAGCUACACGAACGAGAAAGACCGCGAGUUGGUUCUUCAGAAGAUGAAAAUGGUGAUGCGAAUUUGCCAGGCCAAAGGCGUCAAAAGACUGGUGGCGGGUGCUUGGGGAUGUGGUGCUUACGGUAAUCCUGUUGGUGAGAUAGCUCGGGCGUGGAAAAAGGUUCUCUUGCCACCACGAAAGAACGGCAAGGGCAAGCAGAAGGGAACCAAGGAGACAUGGGAUGGGGUGGAAGAAGUCCUGUUUGCUAUCAAGGAUGCAGGCAUGGCUGAAGCUUUUGCAGAAGCAUUUGGUGAAGGACUCCUGCGAGAUGAGAGCCCUGAUGCUGACGAGGACGAGGAGGAUGAAGAGGUUGACCCCGAAGAGGUCAAACGCAAAGAGUUGCAGGCCAAGAUCACGGAACUGGAGCAACGCAUUGAAGCAGCAGCGAAUCCUCGAGUCAAGGAAGGAUUGAUGUCCAUUCUCGAGGGGUUGAGGAAGCAGUUG